AUUUGACAAUUGACCCAGUCAGUGACGUUUUAUUUAGAAUGUAAAUAAAUAAUAAAAUAUAGAAAAGAAUGUUUAGGAAUAGGUUUGUAUUCUUUGAUACAACAACAGGUGACUGUGCAAAUUUUAUAAAAACAAACUUAUUACAAGUAAUUUAUUACAAUGGGAAAGAAAAGUCUUAUCAAGAAAAGUAGUAGUAAUCGUACUAGUAACCGACGUGCAAAACGUGCGAGUAGACGAAAUUUCAAGAAAAUGAUAUUUUUCGUAUUAUCAUAUAUACGUGUUUUCGUUGAAUUUUUAAUCGAUAAAUUAUUUAGUUUCUAUUAUGAUUCAAAAAAACAAAUUGUUCCACCAACGAAAAAUCCGAUUUUAUUAAAAGGUGUAACCGCGUUACAGAAAUCAAUUCGUGAUCGAAGUUUAAAAUGUGAGGAAAUUGUACGUGCUUUUAUAGACCGGGCGAAAGAAGUGAAUCCAAUUAUUAAUGCAAUUGUGGAUGAACGCUUUGAGGAUGCUAUCGAAGAUGCUAAACGAAUUGAUAAUGAUAUAGCAAAUGGGAAAAUUUCUGAGGAUGAUUUUAAAAAUAAACCCUUACUUGGGAUUCCGUUCACAACUAAGGAUUCAACAUCAUGUAAAGGAAUGUUGUAUACAUGGGGUAUAUUGCCACGUAAACAUGUUCGAGCAACCGAAGAUGCGGUUGUUGUUAAACAAUUUAAAGAUGCCGGAGCCAUUUUAAUUGCAACAACAAAUAUUCCAGAAGUAAAUAUGUGGCAAGAAACGCGUAAUAAUUUAAUUGGACAAACAAAAAAUCCAUACGAUACAACACGUACGACCGGAGGAUCUUCUGGUGGAGAGGCAAGUUUAAUUGCAGCAUGUGGUACAGCCAUGGGUAUUGGUACAGAUAUUGGCGGUUCAUUACGGAUGCCUGCUUAUUUUUGUGGAAUUUUUGCACAUAAACCAACAAAUGGUUUAGUUUCGUUGCGUGGCUUAACAGAUCGAACUGGCUUAGAAAUUCCUGAUUCGAUGUGUACAGCCGGACCAAUGUGUCGUUAUCCUUCGGAUUUAAUACCAAUGUUAAAAGUUUUGACGAAUAAUCAAUUGAAACUUGAUGAAUCGGUUAACAUCGAAGAUAUUAACUUUUACUACACUCUAGAAUGUAACGAUUCACGAAGUAGUCGUACAUCGGACGAAAUACGAUCGUCAAUCCAAAAUGUGAUAACAUGUUUAUCGAAAAAAUUACGAAAUACCGAUAAACAACCAGAAGAAGUGAAUUUUGAACUGAUGAAAGAUGGUUUUCGAUUAUGGCGACAUCAAAUUACUAAAGAACCGUUAGAUUUUGCUACAGCUUUAGGAUAUAAAAAAGGGCCAGUGAAUGUUUACAUGGAAAUUGUUAAAAAAUUAUUCGGUCAAAGUGAUUAUACAAUUGCGGCUAUUAUGAAUUUAAUUAAUGUUUAUGUGUUUCCACGUGAGGAUCCAAUUUGGGCGGAGAAAAAUUUGGCAGAGUUAAAAUCUGAAGUUUUGAAAACACUUGGUGAUAAUGGUGUCUUAAUAUACCCAGCAUUUACAUCAACAGCCCCCUAUCAUUACAUUCAAAUCUUACGGCCGUAUAAUAUGACAACAUGGUCUAUUUUCAAUGCAUUACGUUUACCCGUCACACAAGUACCCUUAGGUUUAGGUUCAGAUGGACUGCCUUUGGGUGUACAACUUGUGACUGCACCACAUAAAGAUCAUUUAGCGAUUGCUGUUGCAAAAGUAUUGGAAGAAGAAUUCGGUGGUUGGACACCAUUUUUGGAUGACACGAAAACAGAUUAAUCUCGAAUUAUUCUAUAUUCAAUUUAUUUUUUUACGCUACGUACUUAUUUUUUUAUGGUUGUUAGAUUUACGCUUUAUUUUUUUUAUUGUCUGCUU